CGAAGAAUCACACGGAACUCUCUCUCUCUCUCUCUCUCUCCCCAGAUGUCGUUGAUGCGCCUCCUCCUCACAGCCUCUUUCAUCCACCCACCGCCGCAAUUUCCAAUAUUUAAGGCGCCAAGCCGCUAUUUCAGCAUCCGGCUCGACCAAUCAAGCCGGUCGAACCGCUGAGCCGCCUCCACCUUCAUGUGGUGGACGUUAGCCAAGAUGUGGGCCUGCAGCUUGCAACUGGUGUUAAAGAAAUCUGGACACCGUCUUCUCAAACGAGUCCAUAUUUUGCGUGAAUUGUAUGGUCUCGUACAAGUUCCAGCGCGGCGUCGCGAGGACUUUUCGGGCCAGCUGAAGGCUGUUCUGUAGAACUUCGGAGAAGCGGCCAAGCUGGAACUGCCGUUCGCCCGGUACCUCGACGCCGGAGAACGCGAUUUAUUGGAUUAUGGGGCGGAGUUCCUCGAUUGAGGAGAUGAGCUGUAGGCGGUUCCUCCGCUGUGACAUGAUCGUCGUUCUUUUUAGAGUUGAAGUUGGGUGUGGACACGUGUCAAAAUCUGAUUAGGUCACAGAUAGAGGCCUUGGGUAAAUUUGGGUGUAGAAGAUUUUGAACUCGUAAUAAUAACAAGAUAGCAUCGAGUGAGUGAGUCCACCUACUCCUCCACGCUUGCAAAUAAUUUCCUCCUACUCCUUUGACUGUGGAGAAGAAGAGUUUCUUGUAGAGAGAACGGAGAGUGCAGCUUCUGGUUUUGCUCUUUUGCUUCCAAAUUUCCAAUGCUUAUGAUAUAGCCAGCAGCACAGAUCCAUUCUGAGUUUCCCAUUUCACGGCGAAGCUUGGAAGGAGCUGGAGUUGGAGCUUCAUUUCGCUCACUCUCCCUUGUCGAAAGAGAGGGUCAAAGUGGAUAUCCAACUCUGUUAUAUAUCCCAGCAUCCAACUCUGGUCUUGCUAAUAAGUUGUACACAGGAUAGUGGAUUCGUGACGAAGAGUCAAAGACAUUUCACAGAUGUGUGUAUCUCAUACAAAUUUCAUUGCCUAUUUUACAUAAAUUCUACAUCGGAGAAAGAGAAGAUACGGGCCUUGGUCAAUAUGGGGUACACAAUGGAGGAGGCCUCAAUAACAAUUGAAAGAUGUGAUGUCUAUGAAGAAGAAGAGUUCUUGGAGAGAGAGAGAAUGGACAGUGCAGCUUCUGGUUUCGCUCUUUUGCUUCCAAAUUUCCAAUGCUUAUGAUUUAGACAGCAGCACAGAUCCAUUCUGAAUUUCCCAGUUCACGAGGAAGCUGGGAAGGAGCUGGAGUUGGAGCUUCAUUUCGUUCACUCUCCCUUUUUGUUUGGCUGCUGGAUGCUGGCUGCUCAAGGAGUAAUGCAGACAAUCUGUUUGAGUUUGAUGCUAUUGUUGUUGGUACUAGCAGUAACUGCAUCGGGAGGAGGAGGGCAGUCAGAUUUGGGAGCACUCUUAGACCUCCGGAAAGGCAUUCACAAGGACCCUUCAGGGAAACUUCUUGUUUCGUGGGAUUCUAACUCCUUGGACUCUGAUGGCUGCCCCUUGAAUUGGUUUGGGGUAACAUGUAGUAAUGGUCGCGUCAUCUCAAUUGCUAUCAAUGAUGUUGGUUUGGUCGGUGACUUCAGUUUUUCAGCCAUUACUGGCCUUACAAUGCUUCAAAACUUGUCGCUUUCAAACAACCGGCUCACAGGGACCAUCUCAAAGGUUGCUUUAUUUCAGUCUCUUGAAUACUUGGAUCUCUCAAGCAAUUUGUUUCAUGGGCUAUUACCCUACGAUUUGGUCAACUUAAAGGGUCUAGUGCUUUUGAAUCUUUCUUUGAACCAAUUUGAAGGCAUUUUGCCCUCUAGUUUUGGCAAACUUGAACAGUUGAAGUUUAUUGAUUUUCGAGCUAAUGGCUUUUCUGGAGACAUUAUGAAUUUUCUAUCCAAAAUGGGUAGCGUGGUCCAUCUUGAUGUAAGCAGCAAUCUGUUAUCUGGUUCAUUAGAUUUGGGACUUGGUAACUCCUCUUUUGUUUCUUCUAUUCAGUACUUGAACGUUAGCCACAAUUCCUUGGUCGGACAGCUUUUUCCUCACGAUGGAAUGCCAUAUUUUGAUAGUUUGGAGGUGUUUGAUGCUAGUUAUAAUCAGUUAGUGGGUCCUAUACCUUCCUUCAAUUUUGUUGUCUCUCUACGAGUACUUCGGCUUGGAAACAACCAGCUAUCAGGUUCUCUACCGGAAGCUCUAUUGCAAGAGAGCUCAAUGCUCUUGUCAGAACUGGAUCUUAGUCAUAACGAACUUGAAGGUCCAGUAGGAAGCAUCACCUCUGCAACUCUGAAGAAGUUUAAUAUUUCUUCAAACAAACUGUCAGGCUCCUUACCUGCCAUGGUUGGGCAUUGUUCUGUCAUAGAUCUGAGUAAUAAUAUGCUCACAGGUAACUUGUCUCGAAUCCGAGGUUGGGGAAAUUACAUUGAAGUUAUCGAGCUAAGUUCCAAUUCAUUGACCGGAAGUCUGCCUAAUGAAACGUCUCAAUUUUUUAGGCUAACUUCAUUUAAGAUAUCCAAGAACUCAUUAGAAGGCAUACUUCCGACAGUAUUGGGAACAUACCCAGAAUUAAAUGUGAUUGAUCUUAGCCUCAACCACCUACAAGGCUUACUUCUUCCAAGCUUUUUCUCUUCAACGAAAUUGACUGAUCUUAACUUAUCGGGCAACAAUCUGUCUGGGUCAAUACCCAUCCAGGACAUAUCAAGUGAUUCUUCAAGUGGUUCGGCUCAAAAUUUGAGCCUGGUGUCUAUAGAUCUGUCAAACAACUCAUUGGCUGGUCAUUUACCCCCAGAGAUCAUUAAGUUCCGUAGCUUAAUGUAUCUCGAUCUAUCUAAUAACAACUUUGAAGGUAGCAUUCCUGAGGACCUUCCAGAUGUCCUGAAAGAGUUCAAUGUUUCUUUCAAUCAUCUUUCUGGCGUCAUACCUGAAAACUUGCGGCAGUUCCCUGAUUCUGCAUUUUAUCCAGGGAACUCGUUGCUGAUUUUUCCUCGUUCCCCAUCUGCACCGAAGGAUGUCCCAAACAUGACUUUUAGGGAACACAGGCCCCUUAUGAAAGCAGCUAUUAGGAUCUCCCUCAUUGCAGGUUUGGUUGGUGGAGUUGCUGUUUUAGUUCUUUUAUGCCUUAUGAUCCAUUACAGGUCCCACUGGCAGAGAUGUAGAAAGGGCAGUUCAAAAGCAAGUUCUGGAAAGAAAGAUGCUGUGCAAGGAGGUUCUGCCCUUUCUCAUCGUCAUCGAUCAGCACCGGACAAAAAUGUAGACUGCUCAAAAUCUUCUUGUGAUCUCCUUCCAAAGCUUUCACCAUCAACCCAAAUGGGGUCUGCUCAUGAUGCCUGUGACACUUCGUCAGUUGUAAAGAAUCCUAAGAAUUUGGGUCAUCCUGAAUCAAAAGAAAGGGGUGAAGGGACAUCUUCUCCUAUGUCUCUCUUAUCAUCAUCGAAUCCAUCACCCUCUAAAAAGCAACAGCCACCAGAGAGUCCUGCUGUGCUCACAGCUUAUUCUCCGGAUAAAUUGGCUGGUGAUUUGCAUCUGUUUGAUGGCUCCUUGGCCUUCACAGCAGAAGAACUUUCCUGUGCUCCAGCAGAAGCUAUUGGAAGGAGUUGUCAUGGGACAAUGUACAAAGCAAUGCUCGACUCCGGUCAUGUAUUGGCAGUCAAAUGGCUACGGGAGGGAAUAGCAAAAGGAAGGAAAGAAUUUGCAAGAGAAGUGAAGAAACUAGGAAACAUCAGGCACCCAAAUCUAGUUUCUCUGCUGGGUUAUUACUGGGGCCCUAUAGAACAUGAGAAACUGAUUAUAUCAACUUAUAUCAAUGCACAAUCAUUGGCAUUCCAUCUCCAUGAGGCAGAGCGAACAAAACUCUCUCCCCUGUCACUUGAGGAACGGCUUAGGAUUUCUGUAGAUGUUGCCCGAUGUCUGAACUUCCUGCAUAAUGAGAAGGCAAUUCCCCAUGGCAACCUCAAAUCCACGAAUAUUUUAUUAGAAACUCCUAGUCUGAAUGCACUCCUUACAGAUUAUAGUCUCCACCGAAUUUUGACUCCCGCUGGGACUACUGAGCAAGUCUUGAAUGCAGGUGCUCUUGGCUAUCGCCCCCCUGAAUUUGCUAGCUCAAGUAAACCCUGCCCAUCGUUGAAAAGUGAUGUCUAUGCAUUUGGGGUGAUCUUGUUGGAGCUCCUGACUGGAAAGAGUUCCGGGGAGAUUGUCUCUGGGAUACCGGGUGUGGUUGAUCUGACAGACUGGGUGAGACUAUUGGCAGAAGAAAACCGUUGUUUUGAAUGCCUUGACAGACUGAUUCUGGAAAGGCCGAGCGUAAAGAACUCCCCAAGAGUUCUUGAUGGUAUGCUACAGGUAGCUCUAAAAUGUAUUCUUCCAGCAUCCGAAAGACCGGACAUUAAAACCGUGUUCGAAGACAUUUCAAGAAUAGUGAACUAAAGGGGCGCCCAGGCAGGAUAAAUGCUCUAACUGUAGAGUUCUUGAUACUAACACCGUAUGUCAGAUUAUUUCUUUCUUUAUUUUCUAAUUGUUUUUGUCAAAAUGGUCCUGUAAUUGACAAUGCCUAGUUACAGUUUAUAGAAAAAUAAGUUCCUUAUUGAUGUGUUAUGAAUAAAUUUCACAAAACCUACUCUUGGGUGUAACCGAUGAUUUAUUCCCCGCUCUCA